AUUAUAAAAGGGGCGUAUGUGUCUGUGUCUCUCCAGAAAUUCCCGUUCCCUCUUUCAAGCCGGUAACACCGUGGUUGGAUGUGUUCCCCACUGAGAGUGUGAAAUUGAGCUGUGGGAUGAACAGCACCUCAGACUGGACUUACACGUGGGACAAAGACGGACAGCAGGUCCGAGCUGAUGAUGUUGUGUCUUUUGAAUUGAAUGGAGCUACUCUUUCCAUCAGCUCUGCUUCAGCUGGACAUGCAGGACAAUAUAACUGCAAAGGACACCUGAAAGACAGGUCGGUCAGCAGCAGCUCUAGUUCUGGACUCACUCUUAAAGUAUAUGAUAAGAAACCCACUGUCAUACUGACGCAGUAUCCAGAGUACAAGGUGAUGUUCCCUGGAGAGACAGUCUCCUUUAGCUGUCACAUUAAUGUCUCUACUGGAUGGGAGUACCUGUGGUACAAAGAUAGCACUCCACUUUCCAAAUCUGCAAACAAGUAUCCAAUCAGCUCAGUUGGAACAACAAACAAGGGGUUAUAUACAUGCACAGCAAAAAGAGGCAGUGAUAAAGAGUUCUUCCCCGUCUCCAGUCAGCCUGUACACCUUGAAGUUGAAGGUAACAAGCCUAAGCCCGUGAUGACUCAGCAGCCAGAUGUUGACAAGGUGUACUCUGGAGAGUCAGUGUCCUUCGAAUGUAAAGUUAGCCUCUCGUCUGGUUGGGUGUAUCGCUGGUACAAAGAUGAAACACCACUCCAAAUCAACAGCAGUAGUUUUAACAUCCAUGAUGCCACUUUAUCAAACAGUGGGACUUAUAAGUGCAUGGCCAUGAGAGACAAAACAGCGUACAGUACAGAGCACAGUGAUUCACGGAUCUUACACGUAUCUGAUAUUCCCGUUCCAUCUUUGAACCUGGCAACACCGUGGCUGGAUGUGUUCCCCACUGAGAGUGUGAAGUUAAGCUGUGGGAUGGACGGCACCUCUGACUGGACAUAUAUAUGGUUCAACGACGGAAAGCAGGUCGAGGCAAAUAAUAUUGUAUCUUUUGACUCAGAUGCAGCUACUCUUUCCAUUAGUUCUGCUGCAGCCUUACACCGUGGACAAUAUAGCUGCUCAGGAAAACUCAAGAGCAGGUCUGUCAACAGCACAUUCAGUUCUGUACAGACACUUGGUGUUCACGGUAAGCUUCUUUUAUUCUUUAUUUGACACAGUAUAUAGAAU